AUGGACCAGAAAACCGGCGGCGAAUUGUUGGUGGACGCACUGGAGCGGCACGGGGCUGAUCGUGUUUUUUGCGUGCCUGGUGAAAGUUAUCUGGCGGUUCUCGACGCUCUUCACGAUGCGUCCAUUCCCGUGACGGUCUGCCGCCAGGAGGGUGGCGCGGCGAUGAUGGCGGAUGCCCACGGCAAGCUGACCGGCAAACCCGGGAUCUGCAUGGUGACGCGCGGCCCUGGCGCAACCAAUGCCUCCGCCGGAGUGCAUGUGGCGGCUCAGGACUCCACCCCGAUGAUCCUGUUCAUCGGACAGAUAGAACGGGCAAUGCGCGAACGCGAGGCAUUUCAGGAGGUCGAUUACCGGCAGAUGUUCGGCGGCAUCGCCAAAUGGGUCGCCGAAAUCGAUCAGGCGGAUCGGGUUCCCGAAUUCAUCUCGCGUGCCUUCCAUGUUGCGACUUCCGGGCGUCCGGGACCCGUAGUUCUGGCUCUGCCGGAAGAUAUGCUUGUCGAGACGGCGACCGUCGCGCAGCCGCCGGCCUGGCAGCAGGUGGAGACACAUCCCGGUCUGACGCAAAUGGCGGAACUCCAGAAAAGGCUUUGGGCUGCCGAACGGCCAAUCGCGAUCCUCGGGGGGAGCCGCUGGUCGGAAGAUGCCGUCGCCGCCUUCACGCGCUUUGCCGAGCGGUUCGAUCUGCCUGUUGCCUGCUCCUUCCGCCGUCAGAUGCUGUUCGACAAUCUCCACCCGAAUUACGCGGGCGACGUCGGUAUCGGCAUAAGCCCGAAGUUGCUCGCCCGGAUAAAGGCGUCAGACCUUGUUCUCCUCGUCGGCGGACGGCUCUCCGAAAUGCCGAGCCAGUCUUAUUCGCUACUCGAAAUUCCGGCGUCCGAUCAGCAAUUGGUUCACAUCCAUCCCGAUCCGGAAGAGCUUGGGCGGGUCUACCGCGCGGAUCUUGCGAUCAAUGCCAGCCCGACAGCCUUCUGCAAGGCCGUUGAAGGACUUCAGCCACCCGUUGAAAUCAAGGGAGCGGGCGAAGCGGCCCGGGCGCACGAGGAUUAUCUGGCUUGGUCGGGAGCGCGACCGGAAACACCGGGGCCCUUGCAGAUGGCCGCCGUGAUGGAUUGGCUUGAAGCGAACCUUCCCGAAGAUACGAUUUGUACCAACGGCGCGGGAAACUACGCGACAUGGCUGCACAGGUUCCAUCGGUUCCGCCGCUACGGUACCCAGGCUGCGCCGACAUCCGGUUCGAUGGGGUACGGUCUGCCGGCAGCUGUGGCCGCCAAACUUGCGUUUCCGGAGCGCGAAGUGAUCUGCUUCGCCGGAGAUGGUUGCCUUCAGAUGACCAUGCAGGAGUUCGGAACUGCCUGUCAGGAAGGGGCCAACAUCAUCGUUCUGGCAAUCGACAAUGGCAUGUAUGGCACGAUCCGAAUGCACCAGGAACGAACCUAUCCCGGCAGGCCGUCAGCGACAAAACUGGUAAAUCCGGACUUCGCUGCCCUGGCCCGAACCUAUGGCGCGUUUGGGGCGACAGUUGAAACGGCGGAAGACUUUGGCCCGGCCUAUGCGGCGGCACGGGCGUCCGGCAAGCCAGCGAUCCUGCACAUGAAACUGGACCCUGAGGCGAUCACGCCGGCGGCGUCACUGAGCCAGAUCCGCGCUGCCGCCCAGGCAAAGCAAUGA